CCGUCAGCGCAGCUGCGCGUCCGCAGCGGCACAUUCGCCGCUGUGCCUGUGGCGAGCACGCCCGGCGGCGCCGGCGGCGGCGGGGAUGGCGCGGCCGGCCAGGAGGAACAAGAAGGUUGUUGAUUAUUCUCAGUUUGGAGAUUUGGAAGAUGAUGAUGAAGACUUUGCACCUUCAAGCAAAAAAUCCAGAACACAGCUCAAGGAAUCAAAGGAGAAAAAAGAGAAGUCAAAAAAGCCCAAAGAAGUGACUCCGUCACAGACACAGACACUUAGUAAGAGGUUAUCCUUGGAUGAGAAACUUUAUAAAAGAGAUUUGGAAGUUGCCUUAGCCUUAUCUGUCAAAGAAAAAUCUGCAAAUCCCCAAGAAGUGCAAAAUUCAGAAGAACAAGCAGUUAAGAAUAUUGAGUCAGAAAAUACACAGAGGAGACCCCCUUUUUCCAACUGCAGUGUAGACAGUAAACUUUUAGGUCUCAAUCAGGUUAUGGAUGAUGAUGCACCUGAGGGUGAUGGGAGGCAAAAGACAGCAGCAACCAAAGUUCCAACACAUCACAAGUCACUGGUGGUUGACAGUGGUGACAGAGCCCAUGAUCCCAAUUCUGAGCCACAGUCUGUACCCACAUCACCUAUAGUUUCUCCUUCCUGGAUAAUGGAACACAACUCUGAGCCAAGGCAGAAGAUGAUGUCCAGUCCCUUGGAAGCAGCUGGGAGGCCUCUACAUGCAUCAAGUCCUGUCACAGACAAAAAGCCUAAAUGGACACCGCCAGCUCCAUCAGGAAGCAGUAAUGCCUCUGCGAAAUGUGUUCCUGUUAAGUCACCUACUCACUGCCUAAGACUUGGCCUCUCCAGACUGGCAAGAGUCAAACCUCUCCAUCCCAGUGCUACCAGCAGUUAAAUGGUCAGUGACAAAGUGCCACACAGAGGCAAAGACUGUGGAAAGGGUUUUGCUGAUAAACAGAGGGUGGGCAGCAUCCUGGAAUCAUCCCUUUUGGAGGACUCUUAUUAUGGAUGUGUCUGAUUCUGAGUUUUUAUUCUGCAAAUUGCUAGUCAUCUUUUAAGUGCUGCUGAAUACUGAUGUUGUUUAAUCAAAGUGACAUCUGGCCACCAGCUUUUUGAUGUAUUAAAUUCAGAGAUGUUGGUUUGUGAUAAUUUUAUAUCUUUAAUACCUAAAGUCUUGGCAUUAACAUAGUCUAGACAGCACUACAGCAGUAUGAUGAAAGGGAAAUGCUUUUAGAAUGUUGUAUUUAAAAAAAAAAUAAAAUACUUUAUAAUGUCUAACUAUAUUCCUUGAAUGUAUUAAUUUUGAAGGUCACUUUAAAUGUUGGUUGCAGUCUGGCAGAUAUUUUUGCCUGUGUAUACUCUUACUGGAAGUCAGCAGCAUUAGUCAGGCUCAGACAAGGAGGAAUUUCCUUGAUGCUCCUGGCGCUUCAUUGAGGAUCAUGAUACCAUGCUAAGGUAGGGGUUCUGUAAAGUAGUGAAGUGAUUGCUACUGCUUAAUGAAACUGAGCUUUUACUAAUCCACAGUGUCAGUAAUUUCCUAUCUAAGUCUGUUGAUUACAGUGGAUGGCAGCAGAUCCAUUUCUCCAUGUAUUACUUGUGACUCAGGGAAUUGCAUUAACAAAGGAAUAUAAUAGAAUCAUUGAAUGGCUGGGGUUGAAAGGGACCUUAAAAACCAUCCAGUUCCAAGAUGCAGGGGCAUCUUCCACUAUUGCAAGUUCCUCAGAGCCUCAUCCAGCCUGGUCUUGGACACUUCCAGGGAUGGGGCAGCCACAGCUUCUCUGGGCCAGGGCCUCAGCACCCUUACAGGGAACAAUUUUUUCCUAAUACCCAAUCUAAACCUACCCUCUAUCAGUGUGAAGCCAUUCCCCCUUGUCCUGUCACUGCAGGCCCUUGUCAAGACUCUCUCUCCAUCUUACUUGUGGGCUCCCUUCAGGCAUUGCAAGGCCACAAUGAGGUCACCCCAAAGCCUUCUCCUCUCCAGGCCGAACAAUCCCAAUUCCCUCAGCCUUCCUUUCCUCCCAGCAGAGCUGCUCCAUCCCUCUGAUCCCCUUGGUGUCCCUGCUCUGGCCUGGCUCCAGCAGCUCCCUGUACUUCCUGUGCUGGGCCCAGGGCUAGAUGCAGCCCUGUAGGGGGGGUCUCAGCAGAGCGGGGCAGAGGGGCAGAAUCCCCCCUGCCCUGCUGCUCUGGGGCUCUGGGUGCAGCCCAGCACAGGGGGGUUCUGGCUUGGGGCAGGGCCAGCUCUCACCCACAGCACCCCCAAGUCCUGCCAGGGCUGCUCCCUCUGCUCAUCCCCAGUCUGGAUUGAUCCCAGGUGCAGCACCAGCACUUGGUCCUGUUAAAAACCUUGAGAUUCCCCAUUCUGGAGCCGGUCCAGGCCCCUCUGGAUGACAUCUCCUCCUUCAGGUGUAAUCCAUGCCUUUGCAAAGCCUUCUGUUAAUGGUUUCACUGAUUCCUUGCAGAUUGGUUGUCUGUUUGCUCCUGAUGCAUUAUCAAUCAGGUUAUCAUAAGGCAAAGAUCACUGCUACAGCUUCCAUUAUUUCUGAAGAAAACAGAAACAGUUUUGAUUUAGAACCUCUUAAGUGUGUGAUUAUUUCCUUCUGUAAUUCAAAAGGUCCAAAACCUUAAUUUCCCAGGUCUGUAUUGGUUAUUCUCUGAUAUUCUGUUAAUAUGAAAAUCUGUAUCUUUAAAGUAGCUAAAUAAUAAAGAUGUAUCUUAAUGCUUA